CAUACCCAAUUUACUGUGUGGGUUACCGGUGGCAUGUCAGUUGCAUUUUUUCCUAGCUUUAGCUUGCGAUAUGUGGAAAAGAGAUAAAAUGUCAUGAUAGAAGAAUUAGAGGCUGUUUGAACAGAAAAGUGCCUGACAAAUGUAUUGCUUGUUCUACAAUGUAUUGUACGCCAAUAUUUCAAGACUGGUCAGUAGUUAGUCAAGAGCAUUUGAGUCAGCAUCGUAUCAAGCACACAGAAGAAAAGGUUCUGAGGUGCCAAUACACACUGUGGUCGGUCUCAAGGUCAAUUAGAAUACCCUUCAAUGGCUUUUUUUGCGAAAAAGAAGAAAUUCAAGUUUCAGACACAUUUGACAUUGGAGGAGCUGACUGCUGUGCCUUUCGUGAACGGGGUAUUGUUCUGCAAGCUGAGAUUGUUGGACGGUGGAGACUUUGUUGCAACUUCAUCAAGAGAGGAGGUUCAGGAGAACUGUGUUUGCUGGAAGAAGAGGUUUACCUUUGUGUGUAAAAUGAGCACCAACCCCACGACUGGAGUGCUGGAUCCCACCAUCUGUCGGGUCUCUGUGCGGAAGGAACUCAAAGGAGGAAAAACAUAUUCAAAGCUGGGUUUUACUGACCUCAACAUGGCAGAGUUCGCUGGCUCGGGCUCUGCAGUCCGCUGUUGUCUGCUGGAGGGAUACGACACCAAGAAUACUAGGCAGGACAACUCCAUACUGAAGGUGACUAUUGGGAUGGCCCUCCUAUCUGGAGAUCCGUGCUUUAAAACUGCCCCCAGCACAGCAAAGUCCAUCUCCAUCUCAGGCCAGGACCAUGUCCUGCAGCUGGACUGUAAGGGGGAGGGCACUGGAACCCCUAACCGGCCCACUUCUCUGGGCCGGUCCAUGAAGCCCAGGCCCUCGAUCAUCAGCUCAGGUCUUCCAGAGGAGUCAGACCAGACCCAGGCAGCUAGCCCAGGGGAAGUAUUCCAGUUGGGGCACUCUCGCAACUCCAGCUAUGCCAGCCAGUUGAGCAGGAUCUCAGGCUGCAGCACAGAGCACUCCUGCUCCUCUAGUAUGUCUGACCUCACACACAGGAGGAACACCUCCACAGGAAGCGGCACAUCUGGGGGCCUCAGUGUGACAGUAGACACUCCAACAGAGGGAGAGAGGCUAGGGAGACCCCCUCGACCCCCUCGGCCCGUCUUGCCAUCCAACAGACCCCCCAGGAGGAAGCAGGAUUCCGUGGAGAGCCAUCCCUCCUGGGUGAAUGACACCCGCAUCGAUGCCGACGAUAUUGUUGAAAAGAUCAUCCAGAGCCAGAACUUUGCUGACAUAAGUAACACUGAAGACAGUAACCUGCGACUGUUUGUCAGUAGAGACGGCACCACAUCCCUGAAUGGUUUACUGCGCAGUAACAGGGUGUGUGCUGGUGUCUAUGAGCAAGUGGUGAUAGAGAGCCAUUACGACUGGUGAAGAUUAAUUUUAAUUGAGGCCUCUGCAAUGAAGCUUGUGGACUAACUCUAAAAAUAUAAUGCAGUCAUCCUGGAGCACUGGCUGAGCUGGGAGCCAUGAGGAGGACCGUACCGCACAGUUUACACAAAUAUGAAUAACUAUUGGAGAAAUGUAGUACUUUAAAGAAAAUACCAAUACAUUUUUUUAUACGCUACUUUGUAAUGUAUUUUUCCCUUACAUGACCCAAGGCACCAGACCCUCUCUGUGAUGACCGUGCUAGUCUCGUCACCACUGAAGAGACCUGGUGAUGGAGAAAGUCCUCAGCACUGUCUGACUGGUGUUUGUCCAAUUUAGACUGUAGUACUUUGGCUCCCUCUUGUGGAGAAAUGGCUUACUGAGGGAUCAGUCUCUUUUCUUCAACCAACUAUCUCAAUGGCAUACUCCCAGGAUUCCUCUCCCCUCGUCCACUCGUUUCCUUCUCAAAACCCAUUGGAUGAGAAAGCCAGAGGUCCCUCCCUUCUGAACUUCUCUUCCAAUGGGGUUUGAGAAGGAAACGAGUGAAGAUUAUGUCCCCAAAAAACAGACAUCACCUAUUCUGUCCAUUUUUUUUGUAAAUACAGAUCUCAAGGAACUGGAUAGGUGUAGCAGUUUCUGGAAGUUUUAUAUGCUAUAAGUUCUAAACCCAUUUGAUGGUUAUUUGGUGCAAACACCAGAGGUAAGAAGCUAGCUGUUGUUCUCAGAUUUGGGCAUACAUAUUCAACAUACUUUUACACUAGUAGAUGUCUCCAAACAUGAUCUUAUGAAGGAUCAUGAUUUGUUUGUGUUUUCCAACCAGCUGGCUGGUUUGUUGUAUUUUUAAAAAUGGAUUUUAACACUACAAAGAUGGUGAAAAGGGUCCCUGUUGUAUUAUAUAUUUUAUAGAAUCUCUCUCUCUCUCUCUCUCUCUCUCUCUCUCUCUCUCUCUCUCUCUCUCUCUCUCUCUCUCUCUCUC